CCAAAGGAUUGCUGUUCCAUGACUCGAUAUUUCCAUGAGUCGAUGGUCCCUUCAAUAUUGACCCAUGGAGGUUUCACUGUAAUUGCUAACUUUUUCCAAUGACAUUUACGUUAAUUUUAUUCUGAGUGUUGCACCAGUUGUCAGUUUCGGUAGCCAUACUUCAAGCGCUGUUGUUGUCGGUCGGUUCGUGAGCAAAUUUUGUUCGCUUUCAUCCCACAAAUUCAUCAACAUUUGGAUUCAAAAGUAACUCUCCAACAACGCAUGUAAUGUCCUCCGUCUGUCGAGUUUGUCGCAAGGCUAAAAAUGACUCGACCAGCUUCGUUUCGUUGUUCCUCAAAGAGCGCCAAGCAGCCGGCAGUGGGGAGUCGACUCUAGCAUCGAUGCUCGAGUUCGUCGGGAGCUUCUCGGUAUCGCCGGAGGAAAUCGAUAUGCCACAAGAGAUAUGCCUUCCGUGCAUGGGUCAACUGAGGGCUGCUUACAGCUUCCGGAAACUGUGUAUGGAAUCGGACGACUUGUUCCGGAAGCAGAACAAACCUGAAAUGGCUAGUUCUGCCAAUGUCCGUCAACAGCCAUCGCCAAUCCAAGGCACUGCCAAGAAUAGUGCGAUGUACCUUCAGAACUAUGAUCCCUCCUUCUAUGAACUAACGCUGGAUCGAUACUACUAUAUGGAACUUACGUUCCUUGGUCCUCGAUGCUGUGGAUGUCGUCAGGCAUUCCAGUCUGAGGAAGAGCUCCAGGCCCAUUCCUUACAAGAGCAUCGACAGAAUCGAGCGGUUCUAGGUCCCCAUCAGUGCCAGAUUUGUUAUUCUCGUUUCCCGUACGCGGAUGCCCUGCAACACCACCGGCAAGCAAUCCAACGGAACGUUUUCUGCUGCCGGGAGUGUUAUCUGAUAUUCGAAAAGAAGCACACCUUAUUCAUCCAUCUGCGGACGGAACAUGGCCGGGCGGAAUAUGAGUUGGACAGGGACAUGUAUGAAGAGCAGCAUCCGCAGAUGGGACAUAGUAUCUUCGAUCCCGAUCCGGAUCCGGAGCCUAAUCUUUUUGCAGGCCAUGUCCAGUCUCUUGUGAAUCCGAAUGCCGACCCGUACACCAUGGGCUACUGUGAAAUAACGUCGAAUCUGAAACUGAGUGACCUCCGUCCCACGCAGUACCGUCUAACCGAGAAAACCGAAGGAUUCAGUAUUAUAGAAUUCACCUGGCAUCGAUGCUGCGCUUGCAAUCACAUGUUCCGGGAUCAGGGCGAUCUGGACGUGCACUGUACGGAGGAACAUCGGUUGCGCUACAGUCAGAACAACACAUCCCAGGCGCAGAGCAAGCCAUUCCUGUGCGAGUUCUGCUGGCGCCGGUUCAAGAAGAAGAGCCUUCUGGGGCUGCACCAGAAGUUCAACCGGAAGAAGACCUACUCCUGCAACACGUGUUUGCAUUUGUUCUUCGGUGGACCGGCCUACGAGAAGCAUCUGCUCGGAUGUAGCCCCUCCGGAGGGCAGUCCGUGGACGAGAACUAUGUCGGCCAUCAGAUGAUGGCGGAUGAACCCGAGGACGAGGACGAUGAUGACGUUUACAUUUUGAACGAUUGAUUGCUGGAGCUGGGGACUCAUUUAAUGAAUGUAUAAUUUGACUUUGUAGUUCAAUAAACUUUCGCGCAAAUGA